AUGCCUGACUGCGCCAUAUCAGUCAUGAGUUCAGGACUUGUAGUCUCCGCCAGGAAGCGGGCGCUGUCCCAGAAGCUGCCACUGAGCCUCCCCAACUUCCGCGACAUCACCACUCUGAUGAACGGACUUGCGAGCAGCAUACCGUCGACGACGCUAUCCCUCUCCGGACCGCACGGCGGCGACAUCUCAUGCUGGCUCUUGGACACGAGAAGUCUAUGGCCGGGCCAGAACAUCUGGGCAGCGCCUGGAGCAGCAGAAGCGAUGGCUCUGAUCUCCAUGGCGGAACAGAAGACCGUCUCAACAAAGAUGUUCAUACAAGAUGCGAAGAUGAGCCUCGGAAGUGCUCUUCUCAAACGCCUGUUCGUUUCCAAGACGCUGGACAUAGCAUGGAAAGAUGUUGCCUUUGCGAGGAAGGGAGACCCGAAGCAUGGUAAACCCUGCGCUGUCGAUGCUGUUGGUCGUCCGAUUGCGGGCAUUGACUUCAACGUCUCGCAUCAAGCAGGCCUUGUUGCGUUGAUCGGCUGGAAUGGCAAGAAGCAGCAAAAGUAUCUUCCCGACGGUGGUAUAGAGCGUCACCGGAGCCCAAACUCCAACUUCGAUCCCGAUGUCAUGGUCGGCGUAGACAUUGUGUGCGUCAAUGAGCGCGACGACUACCGGACGAUCGAUGAGGAAGGCCUCGACGGCUGGGUAGAUAUCUACGACUUCGUCUUCAGCGAUGAGGAACGAUGGAGCAUGAAAUAUGACAUCGACUACGUUACCCUGCUGGAUGGUGCAAUACUUGGCAGGGAAGAGAUCGGACGAUACGACAGGUGCAUCGAACGCAACAAGCAGAUUUCACUCAAGACGCCCACUGGAACGGAAGUACAAUUCAACUCUGACCUACUCGUCGAUGCGAAGCUACGGCGAUUCUACACCUUCUUCUGCUACAAGGAGGCAUACAUCAAGCUUGCCGGCGAAGCUCUGCUCGCACCCUGGUUGAAGCAGCUGGAGUUCUUCAAUGUGCGGAGUCCGAAGCCAGGACAGGUUGCGCGAUGCAGUACCCAUGGGCAGUGGGGCGAGGAAGUGGACGAUGUUGAGGUGCACAUGCAUGGACAGGAGGUCAACGAUGUGAGGAUGAAGAUUCAGUCAUUUGAAGAGAGCUUCAUGCUAUCAACCGCUAUCCAAGGAAAGAUCGAGGGAAUCAAGGUGCCAGCUUUCAAGACGCUGGAUUUGCGGAACGACGUUCUAUCAUACGCGCAAAAGCACCUUAACACACCACCAUCGGACUACAGGUGA